AUGAUCCUAGCGCUUCCGCCAUCGGCCACCAGCCACCGCAUCUCAACACCGCAUCUUCCGUUGAAGUUGCAAGGUGCCUUCUUGGCCAUGGCCCUCUACUGGAUCCUCCUCUCAGACCUGGCCAUCUUCUCCAUGCGGAUCUCGGCCUUCGUCCUGGUUUGCGGACGGGUCGUGGUAGAAGUGGGACUAUUCCUCACCGCGCUCCUUCUGUUGAUUUUGGCCUUUUGCACGGCCAUCAGCACUUUGUACUACGAGAUGCCCAUCAAAGAGGGUGCCCACGUGUGGCUCGAGGAGCUCACCCGAAUGGCCUUAGGAAUGUACUCACCCGAGGCCUACAUGCUCAUAGUGGACACCUCUGUGAUCGUGACGGUCCCCGUAUGCAUCUUCUUGUUCAUCGUGGGCAUUUGCCUCACGAACUUGCUCGUGGCCCAGCUCUCCCAGUCCUAUCACGACGCGUAUUCCAACAUGCAGGGCUAUGCGCGCUUGAACCGCGCCAGCAUCACUAACACCACGGUGCAGGGGAUCUCCGCGAAGCGUUGGCAGAAGUUCCUCACGUCACUGAAGCUCGACGACCCCUUGGAGUUCAACGAGGGCGACGUGGGCCUAUCAGGUGGACUGCAAGUCCUUGAGCCGGCCAACGCGCACAUCGUCACGGAGGACACCAUCAAGCGCUUUGGCGGCUCCACCGCGCCGUCGGCGCCGUGGCCGAAGGACGCCACGACGGAGGAGGAGGAGCAAGACAAGCUGUGGCUCCUGGAACAAAAGCUGCAGAACAUCAUCAAAUCACAAAAGAAAGGCCGAAAGAAAGGCCAAAGCUCUGAGGGCUCCAUGGCCAGUGGAUAUGGCAGUGGUGUAAGUAGCGGCCCGAGCAGUGCCUCCUCCACCUGA